AUGGAUACAUUUCACACUUUAAUAUUUGAUUCAUACCAACAAUUUGAUACAUUCUUAAAGAGAUAUGUAGAAAUUAACCAACCCAUUUCAAUAGAUUUUAAUAUAAUUUCAAAUUUAAUAAUAAAUAAUAUAAUAAUUAAAAUAAAACAACAACAAGAAAAUAAUAAUAAUAAUAAUAAUAAUAAUAAUUAUAAUAAUAAUAAUGAUGAUAAUAAUUUAUUAAAUUCCUUUGGAUUAUCAAGUUAUAUAGAAUUUUUAACAUGUUUAUUAUUUUUUAGUGGUGAUACACAAUUAUCAUUAAAAAUUAUAAAAGAGAAUUGCGAAUUUUUAAAAGAAUUAUUAGAAAUUGGUGAUUUGAAUCAUGGUAUACCAUUUGCUAUUGCAUUUUCAAAUAAUUGUAAAGAGAUAUUAGAACAACUUUUACAAAGUACAAAUAUCUCAUCAAAGGAAUUAUUAUUUGAUAAUGGUGAUAAUAAUAAUAAUAAAUAUAGUUUAAUAAUGACAGCAGCAUUAUAUGGUAAUUUAAAUUCAUUGGAUUAUUUAAUUGAAAUCACGGAAAAGAAUUGUUUAGGUUUUCGUAAUUCAAAUGGUGAUACACCAUUACAUUUCGCGGCAAUGAAUGGUGAUUGUGCAAUGAUUGAACGUUUAACAUAUCAUUAUGGUGAAGAUUUAUUAGUUUCAAAUAAUAAUGGUUUCAAUGUUUUCACUUGCGCUGCUUUUCAUAAUCAAUAUGAAUGUAUUCAAUUUCUAUGUACAUUAAUUGAUAAUAAAAAGUAUACCACUACUGCCACCACCACCACAUAUAAAAAGAAAAAAGAGAUAUUAGAACAUAAGAAUAAAGAUGGUGAAACUUGUUUAUUCAUUGCUGCAAAAUUAGGUUUCGAUAAAUCUGUAAAAGUAUUAUUAGAUAAUGGUGCUGAAAUUAAUACAUUAAAUAAAAAAUUACAAUCACCAUUAGAUUUUGUUAAGAAAAUGAUAACUCAAUUUAAUAGCAAUAGCAAUAAUGAUAUAUCAUCUGAUUUACAAUUACAAAUAAAAUUACAAACAUUAAAAUCAAAAUUAUCACAAAUGACAUAUAUUUCACAAUUAUUACCAACACAAUUUAGAGAUCAAACUUUAUUUGCAUAUCCAAAUUUUAAAAAUGUUAUUAGAUCAUUAAAAUCUUUUACAACUGUUCAACAAUUAUUUCAAAAUGAAACUUUAAAAAAAGAAAAAGAAAUUGAAAAAAAUUUACAGGAAUUAUUAUUAAAUGAAAAGAAAUUAAAAUUAAAAAAUAAUAAACAAAAACAAAAACAGCAUCAACAACAACAAAAACAUGAUUCAACAAAGAAAAAAACUACAACUGAAAUUAUAAAUCAAAAUAAAGAACAACUUAAAAAUAAUAAUAAUAGUGACGAGUUUGAAAAUCAAAUUAAUAAUAAUUUAUUAAAUAUAAAGAUGGAUUCAUCUACUACUUCAUCUACAACCACCACCACCAACACCAACACCAACACCAACACCAACACCAACACCAACACCAACACCAACACCAACACCAACACCAACACCAACACCAACACCAACACCAACACCAACACCAACACCAACACCACUACCACAAAAGAACCUAUAAAUCAUAUUAUCAAAGAAAAAAUAGAAUCAAAAGAUGAAACUCUCUUUAAAACAACAAAUGUAGAUACAACUCCAAUAAUAAACCCAUCAAUGGUUGAAUCACAACCUCAACCACAACAACCACAACAACAACAGCAAAGACAACAAAUUGAAAAAAAUAAAAAUAAUUUUCAAAAAUCAUAUAAAGAAGAGUAUACAGAGUUGGCAAAUAUUUACUUGGAUCAAUCACUAAAAUAUAAAGAAUUGGUAAUAAGAUUGAAUGAAAUUGAAAAUUAUUUUUCAAAAUUUAAUGAAUCACUCUAUGAUAAGAAUAGGAAAGCAGAAGCGUUAGGUUUAGGAGUUGCUGAAAUACUUGGCAUGGGUUUGGAGUAUCUCAGUGCCAGUCAAUUACAAAUUUUAGAAGGAAUUCAUAAAGAUUCAAUGGAUGAAAUUAUUAAGUAUAAAAAUAAACUUGGUGAUAAAUAA